UUGGACGCGAGAGAACAUCGUCGAGCUUCGGUGCUCUCCGUGAGGCGAAAGGGGCAGCAGGAGGGAACAGAAACGUUGCUAUGGCUGAGAAACUUGCCAAGAACUUUUCUUUAGAUAAGCAAGAUGUGCCUUCAGGAGCAACCACCAUGUUGUUAGAUUCAGAAGAUCCUAAAGAACAACUUUUAGAAGAAUGUGAAGAAAUAUGGAAACAAGUGGAGGAGUGCCAGAACAGAUUAACUCUUCAGGAUGUUGAAACUCUUCCAGAUUCAGAUCUCAAGCUUUCAUUGUUAAUCAAACGAUUCAAGGCUUUAACAGCUGAAUUUAACCAAUGGCAGAAAAGAACACCAGAAAUAAUGACUAGAAAUUCAGAUGUUCUGGUAGCAUUAGGAAGAGACCAGUUGCAGAAAUUAGACCAUGAACUUGAAAUGGUGUUAUCAACAGUUAAUGCAAAGAAUAAAAAACUAAAAGAAGAUCUUAUAAGGGAACAGAAAUGGUUGGAGGAACAGCAACAGAUUAUAGAUUGUCUCAAUCAAACAGAGGAAGAAAUGAGUAAUCAAGUAGUAUAUUUUUCUGAAAAAAGAGCCUUUCAGGAACUGAAAAGUAAAAUGCUGCAAAUAAAAGCUUAUAAGGAAGAUGUUUUGAAUGCACUGGGAGAUUUCCUUGAAGAACAUUUCCCACUUCCUGAAAAUAGUGGAACUGCAAAAAAGAAAAGACACUCAUCAGAAGAGCAAGAUGUACAGCUUAUUUCAUUACAUGAAAUUUUAGAGAAUCUCAUCAAUAAACUGGUAAAUACUCCACAUGAUCCACAUAUAACAAUCACUGCUUCAUUUUGGUCACCUUACAUUGAGCUUCUGCUGAGAUAUGGGAUUGCAUUAAGACACCCAGAAGAUCCAAACAAGAUACGUCUAGAAAAGUUUGACCAAUAGCAAGAUAUUUGAAGAUGAAGAGUGAUCAGCAGAACAGAGUUAACUAGAAAACUCUAAUCUGAGAAGAUAAUAUUGAGUAGUACUAUUUCAUGUUUUUCAGGCAGAAUCUUAUAAUAUUUCUGUAAAGUAGUAUCUACAGAACCAUUUUUUAAAGUAUGAGAUCGUCACAAUUCCUUUUUAUGUUUUACUACUGUUAGUAAAUAAUGCUUGUAUUCUGAAAACUAUUGGAUUUGUUAAAAUAAGAGAUCAAAUUAAAGGAUGA